AUGACUGAAGGUUGCGUUGGAACUACUGUCAAUCAAGGCCCGGCUGAAGUUGCCUCCGUCUUUUUGGGCCCUAAUCUCAAAAUAGUUGGGCCACCUUCUUCUGAAACCUACACGCCUGCACACAAUCGUCUUCGCCUUUGUCUCAAGGAAUUCCUUAGCCGAUCCUAUGACGCUCUUUGCACAAACCGGAAUUUAGUUGGACCUGAUCAACUCGAAUAUCAACGUGAACUAGAACGAAAUUUCGGACACCUCAAGUUGGUCAUGGAACCACUUCUUCAGGCUCCCCGUUUUACUUUUCCGGACCCCAUAUCCUUGCACCUCUCUUACAACUCUCAAUCUUCUAAUUCAGGCCACUUUCGGGGCCCUACUAUCAAGCCCAAUCGACUUGCCACUUUGGCCACUGGGCGUAUAGCUCCGUUGGCCAAUGAAGAGACAGAAGGUUAG